GAGGCGAUCGAUCUGUAUGCUGUCAAUAUUUGCAUAAUAGCGCCUGUGAACUUGAAGUCGCCCGCAUCCUACAUGUGUAUAUCAAUAGUGUAGUAGUGACUGUAAGAACACGAAAACAGCUUUGUUGAUGAAGGUGUGAACGCUACAAACACCUCGUUGCGUUGUAUACCGCGGCUCACAGUUGUAAAUGGAUGGACUAGGAUGGUCGACUGCACAGCAAUAGCGAUGUGAAAUUGUUCUCGCUGGGGUCACAGUGGAUGUUCUUUCCAGGCGGGCACACGUUUAUGUUCAUAACCUGUAGGAUAAACGUUUACAAAAUAAACAAGGUACAUUUUCACAACGACAGCUCUGAAGACAAGCGUUGCAUUUGCCGGUAAGGACGCCUCACUUGCAGCUGCCCGUCAGCUGACCGGGCCUGGUUGACAGUGGAUGUUGAUGUCGUCGGUUGUCGUCAUGGACCCUGCUCGAGUCUCGGAAUACGAGACUGUAGGCAAACGUUGCACUGAACGGCUCCACCAGGGAGGUCAAGAAAGUAUCAGUAUGGCCGAUUACCUAAUCACGGGGGGAACUGGUUACAUCCCCGACGAUGGCUUGACGGGUGCCCAGCUCUUUGGCGGCGGCGAUGGGAUGACUUACAAUGAUUUCCUCAUAUUACCUGGCUUUAUUGACUUCUCGUCUAACGAUGUGGACCUGACAUCUGCGUUGACCCGUAAGAUCACCCUGAAGUCUCCACUAGUGUCCUCACCGAUGGACACGGUCACUGAAGCUCAGAUGGCCAUUGGCCUAGCUUUAUGUGGUGGUAUCGGAAUCAUCCAUCAUAACUGUACCGCUGAGUUCCAGGCAAAUGAGGUCAGAAAGGUCAAGAAAUACGAACAGGGAUUUAUCCUUGACCCAGUGGUCAUGUCCCCAAGUCAUACAGUUUCUGAUAUUGUGCAAGCCAAGAGACAAUAUGGCUUCUCGGGUAUCCCCAUCACUGAGAAGGGACACAUGGGGGAGAAGCUGGUCGGCCUCGUCACGCAGCGGGACAUCGACUUCUUCACCAGGGACCAGUACCACACACCCAUCUCAGAGGUGAUGACCCCCUAUGAAGACCUGAUUGUGGCCCCAGCAGGUGUGACACUCAAAGAGGCCAAUGGAAUCUUACAGAAGAGCAAGAAAGGUAAACUCCCCAUUGUGAAUGAUCGAGAUGAGCUGGUGGCCCUCAUUGCCAGAACCGACACAAAGAAGAACCGAGAGUUUCCACUGGCAUCCAAGGAUGAGAGGAAGCAGUUGUUGGUCGGCGCUGCAGUCAGCACACACGAGGAGGACAAGGACCGCAUUGACCAGCUUGUGCAGGCAGGGGUGGACGUGGUUGUGUUGGAUUCCUCACAAGGCAACUCAAUAUUCCAGAUCAAUCUCAUUCGCUACCUUAAACAGAAGUACCAAGAUCUCCAAGUGAUCGGAGGCAAUGUUGUCACAGCAGCACAAGCAAAGAAUCUGAUAGAUGCUGGCGUCGACGGUCUGCGAGUCGGCAUGGGUAGCGGCUCCAUCUGCAUCACACAGGAAGUGAUGGCUGUAGGUCGUCCACAGGGUACUGCAGUCUACAAAGUUGCCGAGUAUGCUCGCCGAUUUGGAGUGCCAGUAGUUGCUGAUGGAGGCGUUUCAUCAGUGGGACAUAUCAUCAAAGCUUUGUCACUAGGAGCCUCCACAGUGAUGAUGGGCUCGUUACUGGCUGGCACAACAGAGGCUCCAGGAGAAUAUUUCUUCGCUGAUGGCGUGCGGUUAAAAAAAUAUCGUGGUAUGGGAUCUCUGGACGCCAUGGAGACUCAUCGGAGUAGUCAGAGUCGAUAUUUCAGCGAGAGUGAUAAAAUCAAAGUAGCGCAAGGUGUUUCAGGGUCCAUUGUUGACAAAGGCUCCAUCCAGAAGUUCGUUCCAUAUCUGAUAGCCGGGAUCAAACAUGGCUGCCAGGACAUUGGCGCCAAAAGUCUUUCCAUAUUAAGGUCGAUGAUGUAUUCAGGUGAACUCAAGUUUGAGAAGAGAACGACAUCUGCUCAGAUAGAGGGAGGUGUGCACGGCUUACACAACUAUGAGAAGAGGUUGUACUGAGCCAUAUUGCCUUCCAAACUGUCACGAUUAUCUUGCUCAACAUUGCCAUGCCGACAUGGGCCACAGUCAGGGUCAUCUCCAGGACAUAGCAGGGAAAAGGCUUUUACAAGCGGAUUAAUUUACUCUGGCCUCUCUCAGCAUUACUGUUUAAUUUGAACUGAAAAACUGAGUCAUGCAGAUCUGUGUUGGAGUGCUUGACAAAGUACUGGUUUCCUGACAACUAGUGACCAGAAAGCUGCUAGUUUCCAGACAACUCCAUCUGCUUUCAGCCUGUUUCGGAUCAGGUCUUACUCUGAUGCAAUACCGCUCUAUGUGAAGAACAGUCAUAGGAGGUCACGUGAGGUGAACUAAUCACCAAUUCAGUGACAACUGAAGCAGAGCAGCAUAUCUGAUUUCUGUAUAUUGAAAACAAACAUUAACAGUCAGUUCCAGCAGCUGUAUUUCAUACAUCCUCUCAUUUCUGAGUGCCAUGACAUCUACACCGAUAAGGGUGUACUAUCAAGGGUGUAUGUGUGUUUUCUCUAGGUUCUCUUUUUCGAUAAAACAAUUUCUGAAUUGAAAAAUUGUUUUUGAAAGCUGACAUCUGAUUGCCUUAAAUGGCAAGUAAAGUCAACAUUGCAACUUUGCAUAUUUUAAUACUUUAGUGCAUACUUAAUCACAAAUGCUUGACCAAAAUGAAAUUUGAAAAUUAUAUAGCAUAAAACAGAUGAUAAAAACCGACAUGUGAAAUCAUCACCAAAACGAAAAAUUCCACCAGAAAGGGAGAAGGUUUCAGCACUCUUUUACUUGGAUAUUUAAGUUCUUUCUACAAAUAUGAUGCCUUUUUUCUAUCCUUGAAGUUGACUAAACGUAUUAACAAAAAUAUCGCAAUCAUAUUUUUUACUUUUCUUGCCCUUUAAGAACCCAUUCAUCCUUCAUUUGCACUGGACAUUCACCUGACAGGUCCUCCCAUUGAGGGUUUCUGAGAUCUUCACGCAGAGGGGUAUCGUAUCAGAGUAAAACUAUCCGACUUUGAUGCCAUAUGCACUGCCAACAGCAAAUGCCUGGAGUAUGGAUAGAGCCAAGCCUGACAGGAGACUGCAAUAAUCUGAUCCUCACGUCAGACCAAUGUAUUCCAAAUAUAAUCAUGCUUCUGCCAUUGAGUGUUCAAUUUAUUCUUAUCUUGCUUUUCAUUAGCAUUUUGACAGUUACUUAUAAGGCAAAGCCAACAGUAGAGACACUUUUUGUUUCCAGCAACAUUUAGUGGUUGGUGACAUAUUUACACUGAAUGCCAUUGAAUGUUGCUAAAGGGUACAAGUCUACAUCAGAUCGUGGUAGUGAGUAGUCUGUCAACUUCACGUUAGAUACUGAUAUGCGGUACAAGUGUAGGCUGGACAAGUAAAGUAAUUGUUUUUCUUGAUAUUAACUACUGAUAUUAAGUGUAGUAUCAGUUUGAUUUUUCACUAAAUGCUGACAUUGAGUACAUUACUUUUAUUAAAUACUGUUAUCAAGUGACAUGGAUAUAACGUUUUACAGUUUGGGAUAUGGAAUUUUGUGUCAGUUUUUUGCUGGAGACAAAUGAUUGUUUCUGCUGGUCUUUGCCUUCAUUCAUUAUAUAUUUUACACAAUAUGCAUUCCUUGCAGUCAAAAGGGUUGUGUAGCAAACUGUAACUGAUGCCAGUAACACUGUGAAGUGAUAGCUGUAUCGUUGCACGUCAUCUCACAUCAUCGAUUGUCCAAUAUAUCUCCAUUCUAUUACCAUACAUGCCCUGGACCCACAAAACUAAGAAUAGCAUAUAAUAAUACUAUGGGAAAACUUGCCCUAAAAAUCAUUUAUUAAAGUCUUCAGAAUCGGUUAAAUGUAUCAAGAGCAUUUUUUAGGAAGGCGCAAUUUUUCAUUUAGAUCUAUGCCAACCUCUUUCAGAAUACUCGGUUUGAUUGGUUGUUGAUUUGAAUGUGAGGAAUUCUCUCCUGCGUUAGUGAUAGAGAGAUUGAGCAUGUGGCGUCACUUCACACACUAAUCUAUGGUGGCAAAUGUGUUAAAAUAGAAUGGAGAGGCAAUAUAUUUGAUUAUCAAGGAUGGUUGUCUUGUGAAAUUUUGCUAUUUUGUAUUUAUAUCUACUCCUCUUUUAUAUUACAAUUUAUGUUAAUGAUUGUGUCACAAGAUUGCUUGUUAGAGCUGUGCAGAGUGCCAGUUGAAAAUGCCUUCCAUUUUGUGUCACGGCAAUCGUUCAGUUUACAGUUUAAGGGUAUUUUUGCAGAUGCUAUGCUCGUGUUUUCUAAUGUAUGUCAAAUAAUUUCCUGUCAAGCUUGUUGAAUCUUGGAGUUCAGUAUGAUUGCCAAUUCCUCCAUGUAUUCUGAUCAUUUUGUGCCCUGGGGCUGAGGACUCCUGAAUGGGGUUCGGGUGAGUCCCAUUGUGCAGUGUGUCCCUUCACGUGGGAACAAGGUUCUCCAUGAUACGUCAGGUAAACGAAGGAGCAACUUCUUGACAGGUUUUCUAUUUGUAAAAAAUUCAUGAUCGACCAAAUACUCAUCCAAACUAUUUUCUUAUCGGUCUGGAUUUUCUGAUCUUUGUUUAUCUCACUGGAAGUCACUGUCGAUGAUGAUGUAACGAUUUAUAUUCAUAAACAUGUCUUGCCUGUUAUGACAACCUUGGUAACAAAAGGUUACGGUAAUCAUCUUCUCAUUCUUGUGAUGGACACUGAAGGAAUUAUUUUUGUCCAAUCUGACAAAUGUAGAUCUGGUUUCCUACCGUGAGAACUGAUAUCUUAGAGGUGUGUCAUUCACCUAAUUCUCUGCAAAUAUUCUCACUUUAAAACUUGCAACAACCGAAAUAUGAAAGGCCUUAUCAGCCUCAUCCACUAUAUGGUUUUGAUUGUCUGGUUCAGAAUCGAUUUUUUACAGACCGUCGUCAUACAGCCGGAAUGUUGCUGAGUGUCUUUCAACACACACACAAACAGGUUAUGGCACCUGUUGUCAGUUCACAUUUUCAUUGUCUUCAGACCCAUUAGAGACCAAUGAAGCUGAUGCUAAGGGGAUGAUCUUCUUUAUGCUCGCCUCAAGUCAUCUUCUUGCAAAGUGUAGUUUGGUUUCCAUGGCAACCAUGUUUAAAAUGGUAUCGUAAGCUGUAGGCCUUAUGUUUACACUUUACUUUCAUGAGAGUUUGUAUAUGAAUUGAAUUUAAUAGGUCUUCUUUGGUAAAGUCUUCUUCCUAGUACACAGUAUUUUGAUUUUUUAGUUCCAGUCCUGAACUGACAAUCCCUAGAUGGCUGGUCAAUGUUGUCUGUAUUGUAUGUAAACAUAUGUUAGUGUAAAAUUGGCGUCCUUAACCACUGCAGAGUCCAAAACACAAUGUAGUUGGUGAUAAUCCCAGCAUCAAAGUGCAAAUACGAUAUUUAUUUCUUUUUCAUAACUUUUUUUGAAGUUUUUUUAACUUCCAGUGUGGAUUUAUGUGACUUUUUCUCCAGGUAAAAACAUACCUGUUUUGUUGUGUAUGAUUGCUAUGGCACAAUGCUGUCCAUGGACAAUUAUGUGAUGUCAACUUCUGUUUUUAUAAUGAAAUCAUAAGUUAUGUUUAUCUUCUUGGCAGAGAAUUUGCUUGAAGUUAUUCAUUGUUUCCGCAAGAAGUACUCCUAUAAUGUCCUCUGCAAUAUGUCAGUGGCUUACCUUUUAUCGUUUGUUUUAAAAAGUUGACAAAAAUGAAUACUGUGUUGUAACGAGGAUUCCAAAUGCAUGACCAUUUCCGAACAUCUUUCAACAUACAAGUCUACAUUCCUUGGCAUAUUACAUAAAUACUACAAGUCAGUAUUAUCAUGAAGAAGUUCAUUCAUCGAGAAAGUUGAAAUUAUCGGGAUUUUUUCAGUAUGAUAUUUCCCGUUGCAUUUUAUUUUUUUUCAGAAAGCUUUCUUUCGAAUCAUGACUUCGAUACCAUUGAACUCUCUUCGCUAGUAAACCCUUUGUCAUUUAUAACAAAUGUGACUUUACUAAGUUAGGAAGCUGAACAACUUAUCUGAGUGUCAGUUUGUCUGAUGAUUUCUGAUGAUCAUGUCUUUGUUGCAUUUUACAUAGUUCUGUUGAUAGAAGGAUAGAUAUAUCCUGUACUUGUCCAGGGAUUGCACCAUUUUGUUGCAUAUCAGUUGCAUAGUCCUACCCUGAUGAUGAAUUCUUAUUGUUAUUGAUGCACCUGAGCUAAAGGACAUUGUAUUAAUGCCACAGCAUAAUGACUACUUGUUUGUCAAAAUUGCAGCAUUCUUAUCUUUGGUGGUGUUUUUACAGGAGAUUAUGUAGCUUCAAGACUGCCAUCCAAGCCGAGAUGGUGGAACAUUGUGUCAUCGUACCCUGACUGCGUGAACCUUUGUUCAUGCUAUCAACCACUGAUCGGCCAUGCCUGGACUCAAUUGUUUACAAGCAAUUCAGAACAGCUAGAAUAUGGACCACUGCAACAUUAAUCAAAAGCCAUGCAUUGCAUGAAACCUGACUGUUGAUUCAAAUAUGGGCAAUGCGUUGUUAAAUAUAGACAAGGACAAUUUAACAUGCGUGCAUCCACUGGAAACUCAUGAAUUGUUAUGAGUAAUUUGUCGUUAAGUAUUUAAAUACUAGUAUUCAACACCAGCUCAAUUUUUAACCAAGCAAUCUGACAAACAGUUUUCAGUUUGUUGUGGCCUGACCAUGUUAGGGUGGAAUGAUUGAACAGUACCAUAAGAACAAGUGCUGUUGUAAAACUGAUGAAUGACACAGGGAGCAUUCAUUGUACUGUACAGAUGCAGUGCUAUAGAAUACAAUGCAUAGAAUAGUGUACAUAGAUCAAGUUAUAUGCCUUCAAGUAUAUGUUGUUUCAUACAAGUGAUGUGUAUCUAUUUUAUGGCAGUAUUGUUCAUGUUCCUGAAGUUUGGAACAAAUCAUCCUAGAGCAAAUUGUGUAUAUUUGCCCACUGUGUACAAGUGAUUGUAUACUCAACCUAAAAAAAAAGUUACAAUAAAGAUAGUUAGAAUGUUA